CAAGGUACAGUUUGAGAAGGUACCGCGAACUACCACACCAACCCCUAAAAGCAUUUUUCUACACAAAUGUCAUCAUAAUAGCUCCAUCGUUCAAACUGUUCUCGGUUACACGAUUCCGUUUACCAACCUCCACCCGCUGUCAACGACCGGCAGCGAUUGCUUCUGGAUUCCGCUCACCUCUCUCUCUCUCUCUCUCUCUCUCUCUCUCUCUCUCCUCUAUACCGUUAGGUCUUCUGAAAAUGGAGACUACCGAAGCAGAACGCCUCUCCUCCCUCUCCAUCAACCCCAGCGCGGGACCGCCCGAAAUGGAGAACCCGCAGAGAGCACCCCAUGAAGAUGAAGCUACCGCCGCGGCGGCAGCCUGGGAAUGGGGAACCCUCCUAGAUUUCACCAUCGACGAUGAUCCUUCGAUCCUGCAGUGGGACCCACCGGCCCCGCUCCCGCCACCUGAACCGUCCAAUCUGGUCUCCGACCGUGUGCGGAAGCGCGAUCCGAGGCUGAUCUGCGAGAACUUCCUGGCGGGGCUGGUCCCGUGCUCGUGCCCAGAACUCGAUGAGAAGGAGGAAGAGGAAGGUGGGGUUGGGAAGAAAAGGGCGCGGACAGUGUCCACAUCAUCAGGGACAGUGAGGUGUCAGGUGCCCGGUUGUGAGGCGGACAUUCGGGAGCUGAAAGGGUAUCACCGGCGUCACAGGGUCUGCCUUCGGUGUGCGAAUGCGACCACUGUGACGAUUGACGGGCUGGCGAAGCGGUAUUGCCAGCAGUGUGGCAAGUUUCAUAUAUUGACAGAUUUUGAUGAAGGUAAACGUAGUUGUAGAAGGAAAUUAGAGCGACAUAACAACAGGAGGCGAAGAAAAUCCACUGAUUGCAAAAGCAUGGUAGAAAAUGAACCUCAGGCGAAUCGCCUGGCUGAUGAGGCUGUAUGUGAUGGUGAAGUGGGCAAAGAGAUGUUAAACGGGGUUGCUUCUGUGACCGAUAGUUUAUGUUUGAGCGACCAGCUAAUAGAUACUGAAACAAUAUUGGAGUCUGAGGACGGACAUGGCUCGAUUCCCAGUUUUCAGAAUAUCCAGUUCAACAGUGUUACGUCCUCUGGUGAAACCCAGAUGGAAGGAGGAAAAGAUUAUUCUAAACCUUCUCUUUCUUCAUCGUUUUGUGACCAGAAGAAUGGCUAUUCAUCUGUGUGUCCGACAGGUCGCAUGUCGUUCAAGCUUUAUGAUUGGAACCCUGCAGAGUUUCCGAGACGACUUCGGCUCCAAAUAUUUCAGUGGUUGGCCAGCAUGCCGGUUGAGUUGGAGGGAUACAUUCGGCCUGGAUGUACCAUCUUGACUUUAUUCAUAGCAAUGCCACAAUAUAUGUGGGAGAAGUUAUUCAAAGAUGCACCUUCCUAUGUAACUGGCCUUGUUAAUGCACCUGAAAGUUUGUUAUCAGGAAGAGGCGCGAUGCAUAUUUAUUUAAAUAAUUCCAUUUUCAAGGUCCUAAAAGAUGGAUCGCUGAUGAGUAUCAAGAUAGGGGUGCGGAUGCCAAAGCUUCAUUAUGUUCACCCAACAUGUUUUGAGGCUGGGAAGCCCAUGGAGUUUGUCGCCUGUGGAAAUAAUCUAUUCCAGCCUAAAUUUAAGUUUCUUGUGUCUUUUGCUGGGAGGUAUCUAGCAUAUGAUUCUUGCAUUUCCAUUCCUCAAGGGAAGACUAGAUCAUGCCAUGAUGGCAAAGAGGAUUCAACUCACAGUUCUGACCAUGAGUUAUUCAAAAUAUAUAUUCCUAGUACCGAGUCAAACCUUUUUGGUCCCGUAUUUAUUGAGGUUGAGAAUGAGUCGGGGUUAUCCAACUUCAUUCCGGUCCUCUUUGCGGACAGCCAAACCUGUUCUGAGCUGCAGAUGAUACAGGAGAGGUCCAGUGAUACUCUCUGUUCAAACAGACUUGGUACUCAAUUUGCAGAUGUUGGUGUAUCACAUUCGUGCGAGCUUUUCGUAUCAGGACAAACUGCGACUUCUCAUCUUCUUUUAGAUAUUGCAUGGUUGCUCAAGGAGCCUCGUUUGGACAAGGAUGAAACCAUUUUGACUUCUGUCCAAAUUCAUAGAUUGAAUGGUUUAUUGAGUUUUUUAAUACAGGCUGAGUCUAUCACUAUCUUGGAGAGAAUACUACAAUCUCUGAAGAUCCUGAUGGAUGCGGAGGAAUUAUAUGACCCUGUAAAGAAGAUUCGUGAUGCUGAUUUGAGGUCGUUUCAGAAAUAUAUGGAUCAGGCAAGAAAAAUUCUCCACCAGAGACUUCAGAACAGUGUGAGAUUGACAACGCAUACUGAAAAUGCAACUCCUCAACUCAUUCUCUUGCCACAAAGUGAUGUGGAGGGUGAAGUGCUCUACACUCUGCCAAGUAUUAGUCAUGGUGUUGAGAUGAGGAAUGAAGAUGAGUUGAAGCCAACUGCAACUUCAGCUUCUCAAGAGAGCGACAUACAUGCGCCUCUUAUAAAUAAAGAGAUCAUCAUGGACGUAAACCACUGUCCACAUGUAGUGAAGGGAUUGGAGUGGCCACGAAAAACCUGUGGCCGCAUACUAUCUGGCACAGUCAAGAGAGCACACCUAACCCUUCUUAUAAUGGCUACUGCUGCCAUGUGCUUCGGGAUAUGUGUCGCCCUUAGCCAUCCGCAUGAGGUUGGCAGAUUUGCAGUUUCUAUUCGGAGGUGUUUGUUCGGGGUCUCCAAGCCAUAGAAGACUUGCCAGCAAAACGAGUGGCUUCAUUUGUAUGUAUCCAAUGUAUAUAGUGCAAUGUUGUGACCAUGCUGUUUUGGGCCCCAUUCUACUGCGAAGAAUGUUGGUUUCAUUGCUUGGAACUCUGAAUAGCCUAAAAGCUCCUAACUGUGCGUAUCAUCACAGUCAGAUGUACCAUGGACCAUAUGUAGCAAGUGUUGAUGAGCGUAGCAAGCACAUCUUAUUGGAAGGUUACAAUAUUAGCAUAUUGUCUGGUCUA